AUCAUAAUCUUGCAUUAUACCUUUGCUAAUAGUUCGCGACUUGUUUUCGACGUCUAUUUGUCCUCUAGGGGUUGGGCUUGAUGUCUGCCACACGUAUCAGCUACGAGGCUAGCGGAAACUCAAUCAUACGACCGUCGCCUUCAAGCCAUCAGAACCCAAGGUCACAGGUCAAAAUACAGCACUUGGGGGCGGGGUGCAUAGUCUGGCUCCCAAGUAGAGGAGACGAUGAUAGAGGCAUCAAAUGCAUUAGAGAGCUCUGUUGUUCUAAUCAAGAGCUCCAAGAUGGCGGGUAUAACCAUCCCGUUGUUGUCCUAAAGGUCAGCCCGAACAAAUUCGGGGAUGCAGUCUGUUCCAUUGUACAGGUGACGUCGAAAGAACGCAAUAACAGAUUCGACCGAAUGCGAAUCUCUCAAGAGAGACCGACCCAGCUUCCUCACGGUGACAAUGACGGCGCAACCGAGCUGUAUCUAGAGAAUGGCACAAUGGAUAAGCAGUCAUAUGUGGUGCUAGAACAUAUCUUCCAAGUCCCAGCUUCGCGACUCCGCUCGUGCAGUUUUCGCAAUGGUAGUUGUGCCUAUGACUCCAGACUUUGUGCACAAAGCUAUACACUGUUGAUGGGAAGGCUUGGUUUAGAGCCAGAAGAUUGGGUCCUUACUAUGCAUUUGAAACUUGGCAUAGCAAAUCUCGGAGAGACACAGGGUCGUCAAUUUCAAUCUCGAACCUUUAGAAACCGCGACGGCUUCGUCACUCAACCUCUGGCUCAGCAAAGUUUACGAGCAGGCCUUGCAAUCCCGCGACCUAUCCAACCAGUGGCCGCCACCAACCUAGUUUUCCCAUCGCCAUAUCGAUACACAGAAGAGAGUCGACUUCUCACUAACAAUACAUUUUCUAGAAUGCCGCGAGUAUAUCAUCAGCAAUCAGCAAGUCGAGAUUCGCAUUACGAUACGUAUAGUGAAUCUCGGAGGUUUGAGCAAAGUGAACGUGUGCCUCCGCCAGAACACAAUAGUGAACAUUCUAUAGCUUUCGAUCUUACUGUGCUCUUGGCUACGGGAUUUGUUGUCUGGUGGCUUUGGAGCAAGUAGAUGGUAGUGUAACAGCGAGGGGAGCGGCGAUCGUCAAAUCUCUGUUUUAUGUGUACCUUGUUCCCUGAAUUGCUUGCUCCAUUUACUCGAUGUAUUUGACUACAACUAGUAAGAUCUCUGUUGGGA